GUGUGAAUGACAUGACAAACAGUGUGAAUCUUACAUUAGAAUUUGCUCAUGGACGAUCGAGUCUUUCCGGUUGUGAAGCACGCCUGACAACAUGGGUAAACCCAGAGGUCUUCGCACUGCACGUAAACAUGUAAAUCAUAGACGUGAACAACGGUGGAAUGACAAAGACUACAAAAAGGCACAUUUAGGAACCAGAUGGAAGGCUAAUCCUUUCGGUGGUGCCUCUCAUGCUAAGGGUAUUGUUUUAGAAAAAGUAGGAGUUGAAGCCAAACAGCCAAAUUCUGCUAUUCGUAAAUGUGUCAGGGUGCAACUGAUUAAGAAUGGAAAAAAAAUCACAGCUUUUGUACCAAGAGACGGUUGUCUCAAUAAUAUCGAGGAAAACGACGAAGUUCUAGUAGCAGGUUUUGGUCGGAAAGGUCACGCUGUCGGUGAUAUUCCUGGAGUACGAUUUAAGGUUGUAAAGGUUGCGAACGUUUCUUUGCUUGCUCUUUACAAAGAGAAAAAGGAACGACCUAGGUCUUAAAUUAUCGACUUUCAGGCUUGUACUGAUAAAUAUAAACAUAAAUUAAAAACUUA